AUGGCUUCUCAGACCCAACAAACCCUCAUCAUCUCUGCCUGGCCCUGUGCUGGCAAGACUACAUUCGCGCAAACAUGGACGGGGCACACUGUGGUUGACCUCGACUCGUCGGGUUACGACCUCAAGAGCCCAGCUGGGACAAUCAAAUACAUCGACGAUAUCCAGGACACAGCGCGAGGCUCAUCGGGUGCCAUCGUUCUAGUCAGCUCUCACGGGGAAGUGCGCCAGCUUCUGAAGCAAAGGAGCCUGAAAUACGUGGCAGUCUCUAUUCAAGAGCUCGAGGACUGGAAGGAGCGCCAGAAGGGGCGGGUGAGGGAUGAAAAUGAUCUCGCGCAGCUGGGCCUUCUGAAGAAGGGGAUAGCGGAGUGGGAUAGCUGGAAGCAAAGUCAGGCUGGUGAGGAGUCUCACGUUGUCCUCAAGCGGCAACAGUAUUUGGGAAGCCCUGAUGUUAUUGCAGAGAUUUUGAAAUUGGGCGGAGUAAAAUCAUCGUAG